AUGUGCGAUGAAACUAUACUAGAACUGGGUAGUUCCAAACAGAGCGUGAAGACGCGGGAGCCGUCCAAGCUCUCCCCAGCUGCAGCCUGCCGCUGCCUGCGGCGUGUCCCCAACAAGCCACUGGGGCCGCUAGCGCCCGGGCGUUGGCAGCGCCUGAGUUCGGGUGCACGCCGGCCCACCAAUUCUGCAGCGUCCGGCGGUACGGCUGGGCCCUCCGGCUCAGCCUCGGCCUCCGGGGGGGAGAUGAGCAGCAGCGAACCCAGCACGCCUGCUCAGACACCGCUGGUGGCCCCAGUUAUUCCAACUCCCUCCCUGACCUCUCCGGUGGCACCUCCAGUUCCAUCACCCACAAAGGAGGAGGAAAACUUGCGUGCUCAAGUCAGGGACCUGGAGGAGAAAUUGGAGACUCUGAAGAUAAAGCGAAAUGAAGACAAAGCAAAACUUAAAGAGCUCGAGAAGUACAAGAUCCAACUGGAACAGGUGCAGGAAUGGAAAAGCAAAAUGCAAGAACAACAGGCUGAUCUUCAAAAACGUUUGAAGGAGGCCAAAAAGGAAGCCAAAGAUGCCUUGGAAGCCAAGGAACGCUACAUGGAGGAGAUGGCAGAUACUGCUGAUGCAAUUGAAAUGGCAACCCUGGACAAGGAGAUGGCAGAAGAGCGAGCAGAAUCCCUGCAGCAAGAGGUGGACUCCCUGAAAGAGAAGGUGGAAUAUCUCACAAUGGACCUGGAGAUCCUGAAGCAUGAGAUAGAAGAGAAAGGCUCAGAUGGAGCAGCAUCCAGUUACCAAGUCAAACAGCUAGAAGAGCAAAAUGCAAGACUCAAGGAAGCUCUUGUAAGGAUGCGGGAUUUGUCUGCAUCAGAGAAGCAGGAACAUGUGAAGCUUCAGAAGCAAAUGGAGAAGAAAAACACAGAGCUGGAGUCCCUGCGUCAGCAGAGGGAGAAGCUGCAGGAGGAGGUGAAGCAGGCAGAGAAAACGGUUGAUGAGCUGAAGGAGCAGGUCGAUGCUGCUUUGGGUGCUGAAGAGAUGGUGGAGACUCUGACGGAGAGAAACUUAGACCUGGAAGAGAAGGUCCGGGAGCUGCGUGAGACUGUUGGAGACCUAGAAGCCAUGAAUGAGAUGAACGACGAGCUGCAGGAAAAUGCCCGGGAGACCGAGCUGGAGUUACGGGAGCAGCUGGACAUGGCAACAGCACGGGUCCGCGAGGCUGAGAAGCGUGUGGAGGCUGCACAGGAGACCGUGGCUGACUACCAGCAGACCAUCAAAAAAUACAGAGAGCUGACUGCACACCUUCAGGAUGUGAACCGUGAACUCAUGAGUCAGCAAGAAGCUUCUGCCGAGAAACAGCAGCAACCUCCUCCAGAAAUGUUUGACUUCAAGAUUAAAUUUGCAGAGACAAAAGCUCAUGCUAAGGCUAUCGAGAUGGAGCUGCGCCAGAUGGAGGUGCAGCAGGCUAACCGGCACGUCUCCCUCCUCACUUCGUUCAUGCCGGAUAGCUUCCUGCGUCACGGAGGGGACCAUGACUGCAUCCUUGUACUGCUGCUCAUCCCCCGGCUCAUCUGCAAGGCUGAGCUGAUCAGCAAACAGGCUCAAGAGAAGUUUGAGCUGAACGAAAACUGCGCAGAGCGCACCGGCCUCAGGGGUGCUCAGGGAGAGCAGCUGAGCUUUGCUGCCGGCCUGGUGUAUUCUCUAAGUCUCCUGCAGGCUACGCUGCACAAAUAUGAACAGGCCCUGAACAAAUGCAGCGUUGAGGUGUAUAAGAAGGUGGGGAUGCUGUACCCCGAGAUGAGCGUCCAUGAACGCUCCCUGGACUUCCUGAUUGAGCUGCUGCACAAGGACCAGCUGGAUGAGACGGUCAAUGUGGAGCCGCUCACCAAAGCUAUCAAAUACUAUCAGCACCUAUAUAGCAUCCACCUGACCGACCAGGCUGAAGACUGCACGAUGCAGCUGGCCGACCACAUUAAGUUCACCCAGAGUGCCUUGGACUGCAUGGGCGUGGAGGUGGGCAGACUGCGAUCCUUCCUCCAGGCUGGGCAAGAGGCGUCCGACCUUGCCAUCCUCCUCAAGGACUUGGAGACCUCGUGCAGUGACAUUCGCCAGUUUUGCAAGAAGAUCAGGCGCCGCAUGCCGGGGACAGACGCUCCUGGUAUCCCUGCAGCGCUCGGCUUUGGGCAGCAGGUGUCGGACACGUUGCUAGACUGCCGCAAGCACCUGACGUGGGUGGUGGCCGUGCUGCAGGAGGUGGCCGCUGCCGGGGCCCAGAUGAUUGCCCCUCUGACAGAGAACGAGGGACUGCUGGCGGUGAAGCUGGAGGAUCUGGCCUUCAAAGCGAGCGAGCAGAUCUACGGCACCCAGGGCAUCAACCCAUAUGAGUGUCUGCGCCAGUCUUGCAGCAUCCUCAUUGCAACCAUGAACAAGAUGGCCACGGCCAUGCAGGAGGGAGAAUAUGAUGCUGAUAGGCCACAGACCAAGCCCACCCCACCUGCUGACCUUAGGGCGGCAGCUCUUCGGGCAGAGAUCACUGAUGCUGAGGGGCUGGGGCUUAAGCUGGAGGACAGGGAGACGGUCAUCAAAGAGCUGAAAAAAUCUCUCAAGAUCAAGGGUGAGGAGCUCAGUGAAGCAAACGUGCGUCUCAGUCUCCUGGAGAAGAAGCUUGACAGCGCAUCCAAGGAUGCAGAUGACCGUGUGGAAAAGAUACAGACAAAGCUGGAUGAGACCCAGACACUGCUCAAAAAGAAAGAGAAGGAGUUUGAAGAGACUAUGGAUGCUCUUCAGGCAGAUAUCGACCAGCUGGAGUCAGAAAAGGUGGAGCUGAAGCAGCGCUUGAACAACCAGUCGAAGCGAACCAUUGAGGGACUGCGUGGUGCCCCUGCCUCUGGAGUUGCCUCCAUUGUGUCUGGCAUUGCAGGAGAGGAACAGCAGAGAGGUGUCGGUGCCAGCCAGGUGAUGGGAGGCGGCUCAGGGCCGGUCCAGGUGAAGGACUCGCCUCUUCUUCUCCAGCAAAUCGAUGCUAUGCGGCUGUCCAUCAAGCACCUCAAAAAUGAGAACAAUCGGCUCAAGGGAGCCCAGAUGAAGAUGGAGCUAGAAGGACUGACACCUUUGCAUGUCUCCAAGCUCUCCCUCCCCAAGGAUAGACAGGGAGAAGAUGUGGCCUCAGGCACCCUUUACCGCAAGACCAGCCAGCUCCUGGAGACGCUCUACCAGAUGAGUGCCAAUGCCAAGGUUGUGGAUAUCACACGGAAAAAGUCAGGUAGGUCCUACACAAAAGACUGCCUGGUUGAGGCAUCUGGGGAGGAGAUUGGUCAUGAGCAGCUUGCGAGUUGGAGGGAGCUUGUCCAAGGCGCGUGA